UCGCUUUCUCUCUCUCACACUAAUGCGUACGUAAUGGAGUGAGUGCGACAAGGACGCAGAUACCUCCUCUUUUUUCUGGCUAUCCCCCGUCCAUCGAAAGACAAAGAGUUUUCACCUCUGCUGCCCGUGCACGUGUCGUAAUGGCGGUGAGGUUGUUUAGGUUAAUUUCGAGUGAUUUAAUAUUGCCGAAGUGCCAGGAUGUGCGAUAUACUGGAACUUUGAGAGGCAGGAAUCCAACGGUUGCAAGGAACUUGAAACAGCGGCUCGAGGAGGUGAACGCUCAGGAUCUCGAAUUGUCGAAACUAAUUAAUAUUGGUUUUUCACAACCCACUAUUGUCAGGAGGGAUGUGCGAGCUGCGUGGAUUGAUGAAAUCAAAGCGAAUAAAGCGAACCGAGAGCUGGAGAAACUGGCGAUGCGAAAAGAAUUAUCGGUUGAUUUGGAUAAAGUGAGGCGAGAUUGGAGCAAAACAAUCGGUCCGAGUCACAUACACAGGAUUGCGGAGCAUUUUGGUAUCUUUAAAGAUCUUUAUGGCGACGCAUAUUUUGUCCCUGUCGUUCCGCUCAAUGUUGGGUACAACAUCGAGGAAGAAGACUUGUAUGCAAAAGUAUACACGGGAAAUAUAAUUAAGCCGAACGAAGCAAAGAAUGUUCCUCAAGUGUCCUACGAGGCCGAUCCUGAUAGUUUGUGGACUCUUUUGCUCACGACUCCUGAUGGUAAUUUGACUAGCAAGGAUCUGGAAUAUUGUCACUGGUUCAUAGGAAACAUACCAGGCAAUAGUAUCGAGAAGGGAGAACUGUUAUUAGACUACAUAAGGCCUUUCCCAGCGCGUGGAAUCGGUUACUGUAGAUACAUCUUUGUGCUUUACAAGCAAGAUAAAUUAAUGGACUAUUCAAAGUACAAGAAGACGAUUCCAUGUUUAUCCCUGACGGAGCGCAACUGGAGUACGCAAGAUUUCUAUCGAGAGCACCAAGACUAUCUAACUCCGGCAGGCCUUACUUUCUUUCAAUCAGAUUGGGACCAUUCACUCACAGAUUUUUAUCACAACACCCUGCAAAUGAUGGAGCCUGUGUUUGAGUACAACUUUCCGGAGCAUUAUCUCAAGCCACAGACUUGGUUUCCACUGAAACAGGCUUUUAACCUAUACCUUGACAGGUAUCGCGAUCAGAAACAAAUUAACAAGGAGUUCUUCCUGAGGAAGAUGAAGAAAGUUCAUCCAUUUAAAGCUCCGCCACCAUCUUUGAAGUAUCCGAAUGCACAUCCCUUCAACGAGGAGAUUCCUUCGUGGCUGAGAACUGAAAUUAAGAAGGAGAGGUUAAGAUGGGGACGAAUCAACGAACUAUCAUAAAGGUCUUCCGAGGUUCAUCCCAACGCCGUUGCAGAAGUCAUGCCAGAAGUAGUCUCACAGGUACACAAUUUAUAUAAUAAAUUUCACAGCCGCUCCUCUCCCUUCCAUUUUUUUCUGGAUUUUAUUGUCCAGCUUUUUUGAUUCGUCAAACUGAUAUCUAUUUUCAAUGUUCCGAAGAAUCGAAAUGUAUCGAGAAAAUAUAUAUUGUACAAUGUGCUCGUAGUCUGA